CAAAUGAAGCCAUGUUUUUUUGCUUAUGUAUUUUGGUGUAGGCUAUUCUACAUUUAAAGUUGGAGUAAUGCCGCAUUUGUAAACUGGAGACUGUCGGAAGAGCACCCAGCUCCGGAUUAUGUUUGAUGUCUCUAACGGUCAAUGAGGGCGGUGCGGGGAUGUUGUGGACGUUGUAUCCAAUGCUGAGCAGAAGUUGUUGAAAUAGGGAUCAGAAAGCCCGUAUUGCCUACUUGAAAACAACGAAGCAACCAGAACCAUUCAAUAAUGAAAAUGAGUUCAGAGGCCAGCUGCUGAACCAGAGGUGGACACGAGGGGACAGAAUAAGCAGAUUCUGUGAGACCAAGAGGAGCCUGCGAAUCAAAAUGAGUCAGGAAGCAGCAGAAACAAGAACACGGACCCGCUCAAAAGGCAUCAGAGUACCCAGUGAACUCGUGGGAACAGAGUUAAGUAGCUGCCCCACCCCUGGAUGUGAUGGUUCAGGCCAUGUCAGUGGGAGAUAUUCACGACACAAAAGCGUUCUCGGAUGCCCAAUAGUGAAGAAGAGGAAACUUGCGGAGGCGGAGGCAGAGGCAGAAGAGAAUCAGCCCGCCCCUAAGAAAAAGUCCCUGUCCCUGAAGUUGGCCAUGGACGAGGGUUUCAACGCAGCAGACAGUGAUGCUGGCAGUGAGGCGGAGCAUGAGGAGGAGGAGGAGGAGGAGUCAGAGGAUGAGGAACAGAAAGAGAAAGAAAAUAACAAAACGCCAAACCCACUGGAGUCCAUGAAAGCCAAUUGCGCUCAGGUGUUACCCGAAGACACAGAAAAAGAGACAUCUGUCAAGUUCGACUCCAUAGCUGCACCUGAAGCAGAGGCUCUGCAGGAGGACACAGAGGCAGCCACCACAACCCAACAGCAGGCUUCCACAGAGGCAGAAGCAGAAACAGAGGCAGAGACAGCAACAUACAGACGUGAAGAGGAGGUGCAAGCAGUGGCAGAGAUACAGGCCACAGAGGAGGAGGAGGAAGAGGAUGAGGGGACAGUUGAUGAAUACAGAACAACAGAGCAGCCCAAAGGCAAUGAUGAAACAGGGAGAGCAGAGAUUGAGGAGAAGCAAAAGGAGGAGGUAGGAUACGAGGAAGAAGAGGAAGAAGAGGAAGAAGAGGGGGUGGAGGAAGAGAAAGAGGAGGAGAGGCAAUGUGUGGGUCAGGAGAACUCAGAUCAUCAGUACUCCAGUGGUGACUACAGCAGGCAUCAGGCAAAAGUGGAAGGAGAUGAGGAAGAAGAAGGGCAAGAGAAGGAGGGAGAGGAGACUGAGAAGAAGGUAAUGGAAGAGAAGGAGGACGAAGAGGAGGAGGAGGUGGUCCACGUGGAGCCUCUUGCCUCUAGUACGCUUGCUCAGGGAUGUGAGGAUACAGAAGUUGCACCGGAGGAGGUAAAGAUUGGUACCCCGUUGACAGAAGAGGAGGAAGAGGAGGAGGAAGGAGAGGAGGAAACAGAAGCAGGGGAGGUGGAAGAAGAAGACCAAGACUCUCACAAAGCCUCACCUACCACAGUGGUCAUUGAGAUACGAUCUGAGGAGGAGGAAGAGGAGGAGGAAGAUGACUGUCUCUCACAGGGUUCAGGCAUGACAGAUGACUCCGAGACCUGGGAUAUGACCCGGGGGAACUUGGGGCUGCUGGAGCAAGCCAUCGCCCUGAAGGCCGAGCAGGUGAGAGGGCCGAACGACGACCAACAGUCUCCCGAGGACCAGCGCUACCACAGCCCCGACGACAGGGCCAGCAAACCCAUGGACCCAGCCAUGCGACACAGAGGACACCACAGCAAAGACAAGAAAGAGGUGAAAUGCCCCACCCCUGGGUGUGAUGGGACGGGCCAUGUGACUGGGCUGUACCCCCACCACCGCAGCCUCUCUGGGUGCCCUCACAAAGACAGGAUCCCACCUGAGAUCCUGGCCAUGCACGAGAAUGUGCUAAAGUGUCCAACUCCAGGAUGCACAGGCCAAGGUCACGUCAACAGCAAUCGCAACACGCACCGCAGUCUGUCCGGUUGUCCCAUCGCAGCUGCAGAGAAGCUUGCCAAGGGGGGCCAAGUUACCCUCACUCACCCCCAGCCUUCAGUCAGCGAGCCCCAAACUGGGAGUCCCCAUUCAGACAGGGUUCUCAGACCAAUGUGUUUUGUCAAGCAGCUGGAGAUCCCUCAGUAUGGCUACAGACCCAACGUGGUGCCUGCUACACCCCGCGCCAACUUGGCCAAAGAGCUGGAGAAAUACUCCAAGGUUUCCUUCGACUAUGCAAGCUUCGACGUCCAGGUGUUUGGGAAGCCUAUGCUGGUUCCAAAGAUGCCCGCCACCAGUCAAUCCUCACCCAAAGCCAUCAAAUCUAAACCAUUCCCUAAGGCCUCGUCCCCGAGCCAUAGCUUGUCAGGAGGAUAUGCAAAGAGCAGCUCCUCCUCGUCCUCCAGCGGCUACGAUUACUCCCAUGAUGCUGAGGCUGCUCACAUGGCUGCCACUGCCAUCCUGAACCUGUCCACGCGCUGCUGGGAAAGGCCCGAGAACCUUAGCACCAAACCGCAGGACGCAGCCGGCAAGGAAAUUGAUAUUGAAGUGGAUGAGAAUGGUACACUGGACCUGAGCAUGAAGAAGACCAUCAAGAGGGAAGGGAUGCAAUCACCAGACCCAUCUUUAUCCUCCUCCUCUUCCUCGCAGCACCUGGAAGGUGUUCCCUUGUCCCAGGCCCACCUGCAAGAGGAGUGGGAAGGGCCUCUGGACUUCACCAAGCCAAACUGUCCCAAAGAGGAGGAGGAGCAAGAUGAGGUGGACUUUGUGGCCCAGUCCUACACCUCUUCUGAUGCAGAGGACGAUGACAUCGCUCAGGAGAGCAUGGAGGACAGGAAGUACCCAGGCGAGGUAACCACGUCCAGCUUCAAGGUCCAGUUCUCGCCCAAAGACUGCAAGAAAGAGGUUCUACUAUGUCCCACCCCAGGUUGUGAUGGCAGUGGGCACAUCACUGGAAACUACGCUUCACAUCGGAGUCUGUCAGGCUGUCCUCUUGCUGAUAAGUCUCUUCGGACCCUCAUGGCAGCCCACUCUGCUGAACUUAAGUGUCCGACCCCUGGAUGCGAUGGAUCAGGUCACAUCACUGGAAACUAUGCCUCCCAUAGAAGUUUGUCUGGAUGCCCUCGUGCAAAGAAAGGUGCUGUCAAGACAACACCCACCAAGGACGACAAGGAAGACUCUGAGCUUUUAAGUAGAUGCCCGGUGCCCGGCUGUGACAGCCUGGGCCACAUCAGUGGGAAGUAUGCCACCCACCGCAGUGCCUAUGGGUGCCCCCUGGCAGCGCGGCGUCAGAAGGAGGGGCUCCUCAACGGCUCUCCUUUCUCCUGGAAGGCCUUUAAGACUGAGGGACCCACCUGUCCCACCCCCGGCUGUGACGGAUCAGGACACGCCAAUGGCAGCUUCCUCACACACCGCAGUCUCUCUGGUUGUCCCAGAGCCUCUGCUAAUAAGAAGAGAAGCAGGUUUCCUGGAGACGAGUACAUUACAGCAAAGUUCAGGGCCAGCGAUGUUUUGGAUAAUGAUGAAGAUAUCAAGCAACUGAACAAUGAGAUCAGGGAACUCAGUGAGUCCAAUUCAGAGAUGGAGGAUGACAUGAUGAACCUGCACACACAGAUCUCAUCCAUGGAGAAUAACCUGAAGAGUAUGGAGGAGGAGAACAAGCAGAUCGAGGAGAGAAACGAUGCCCUGUACAUGGAGCUGUCUGGCCUGAGCCAAGCUCUGAUCCGCAGCUUGUCCAACAUCCGGCUGCCACACAUUCAGGAGCCUAUGUCGGAGCAGAACUUCGAUACCUACGUGGACACCUUGACCCAUAUGUUCUCCAAUAAAGAUUGCUACCAAAAUCCGGAAAACCGCGCUCUGUUGGAGUCCAUCAACCAAGCAGUAAAAGGCAUCGAAGUAUAGUCUCUCAAAGGGAGAU